AUGUCCCUCUCAAGGCGGCUUGCUCAAGCCAUAUUAUCUUCUCGAAAAUCGUUCUCACUGCCUCAUAGAACGUUGGGUGUCUUGUCCCAUCAGUCCUUGCCACACGCACGCUCCUUUGCGAUCACGCCACGAAGACAGGCAUCCGAAAAUACCGAACUAGAGGAGCUAUAUAACAAAUUAAGUCAAACUACCGUCUAUAAGAAGCUUUUAGCAUCACCAGAAGCAAUCGAUGCCCUCCAGAGUUUUGCGCAAGCGAUGAAAGGUCUAGGGAUUGACUUGACGAAACCUCCCUCUCCGAUGCAAAUGCUGAAGCUAUCGAUGAACAAGGAGGUUCGUGAAGCAGGAAUGCGUAUGAACACAGAGUUUGCAAAAGCUGGGAUAGAUCUGUCGGACAAGAACGUCCUAGAAGAGGUUAUGUCGGCCAUGAAGAGAUAA